GCUAGUGUCUCACCGCUAUCCUCUUUGGCUGGUGGGCUGCCCAAAACGAACUCCCGGCGCCUCCGCCUACGCGCCACGACUCGUCGACAGCAGGCCACCAAGACGAUGCGGGCCACGCGCGCCCUCCGCAGCGGCACGGAGACGGCGCGGCUCCAGCGGGACACACAACAACAGCAGGAAUCUCUGAAUGCCCUGCGGGCCCAGAUGCGACAGGAGAAGGAGCGGCGCGACGCGGCGCCCCGUGGUGGCACGCGCUGGGGCUCGGCGGCCGUCAAGAAGGGCGCUUUAGGGAGAUCAUAUGGGAAGGACGUGCGUAAAAAGCUGGAACAACGGACGGCGAGUGGGCAGGGCCGCGCGGCCGCGAGUCGCCGGGACGGGCGCUUCUGGGACCUGCCGGUGCAGCGGUGGAGCGUCGCCGACGCGGGGGACUGGCUGGUGUCGCUGGAUCUGGCGCAGUACUGUGAGACGUUCGCGAGCAACGAGAUUUCUGGGAGGGAACUACUGGAUCUGGGUCUGGACGAUCUCGACUACAUGGGCGUCAAGGCGCUGGCGCACCGAAAACGGCUGCUGAAGGGCGUCGCGGAGCUCUGCGCCGCGCACCGACGAGGCGCAGUUGCACCACAGGACCCGACCUUCGGGCGAGAAAAACCGCCGGCGCCGCCUUCCAGUAAGGUGCACUGGUCCGCCGUGCCCACUUUACGAGAGCAGAACCCCGACGCCCCGAACCCGGCACCGCAUGCGCCGCAGCGGCUCGCCGACGCGGGAGGGAUGUUUUCUUUUGGAAAUGCGGAGGCCGAGGUUUUGGAUGAGGCGGCGGAGCGAAAAGCUUUCCAGGAGGCCGUGGCGGCGUGGCGGUCCGGGAACGCGCCGCCGUCGCCGCCUUCACCAGUGAAAUGUGGCGGUUCCUUGCUGGACGGCGAAUACGACGAGGCCGCCGAGCAGGCGGCCUUCCAGGAGGCCGUGGCGGCCUGGCGGACGCGCGGCGCGCCUCCAGAGCCUCGCGAGAAAACGUCGUCGCCGAAAAAACUGAAUACCGUCGGCCGGACGGCCAACGACGUCGCCGACGAACUCGCGCGGCAGCUCGACGCCAUGAACGCCGAGGCCGAGGCUUCAUUACGACGGCGGCGGCUGGAGGCCGAGGCGUCGCUCGCGGAAGUCGAGCGGCUGCGCGCGGCGGCGAGCGAGCCGCUCGUCCUCGAGACCGUUGACUCCGACUCAGACGUCGAGCCCGCGCCGCAGUCCUGCCGCGUCGAACAUGUGACCACCGCGCUCGGCUCGAACGGCGCGGACGAGGCGGCAUAUUUCGUGGAAUCGGGGAGCGAGUCGAAUGACGACGACGCUGCACCUGAAUACGUCGUCGACGAGGGGAGCGACACCGAAUAAUUUAUGACUACUUACCCGCGCUUGAACUGGAGGAAGACCUCGUUGCAGUUCCACUUCUCCUCGUUCGAACCGAUGGCGUCCACCACCGUGUCGAAGUCCAUCUUCGUCGCGUCGUACAUGUUGCGCUCGAACUUGGCACCCACGAAGCGCACGGCCGAGACGCCAACUAAUAAAUCUUCUGCUUGCACGGCGCCGCUCUUUUGGGCGUUGCCGCCCUCGACCAAG